UCUAUCCUCCCACCCCCCCCCUACAGAAGACAUGGCGGAGGGGGAGACGUAUUGUGUUGUUUAUCAGCAGCUGCGGGAUGUUAUCAUCGAGCAGCAACGCAAGAUACGUGUCUUCGAGGAGCUGGUAAAACAGCAAGAAGAGAAGACAGCAUACAGAGAGGAGUUUGAAGCUGUGGUGAAGGAGUUGGAGGUGAGAACUUUGAAGCUUAUAGAGGAUGAAAAACUUGAACAUGCUAAAACUAAAGCAUUACUUUCCAAGGAAUCUGAAAAACUGCAGUUUGCUCUUGGUGAAAUAGAGAUUUUAAUGAAACAGCUAGAUCGGGAAAAGAAGGCCUUUGAAAAUGCAUUGGAAAGCAUUAAAAAUAAAGCGUUGAAAGAGUCAACAAAAAAUGACAUGUUAAAAAGCAAAUGCAAUGAGAUUGAGAAUCAGAUGGAGAAACAAGAUGGCAUUUUAAAUAUCAAAGAGGAUCAGAUUAAAAAUCUUAAUCAGCUUCUUGAAAAGCAGAAAGAUACUUUGAGGCAAAAGGUUACUGACUUUGAGAUACAGAAGCAGCAAGAUGCUUAUAUAGCACAAGUACUGAAAGACAAAAAGAGGAAGACGUUUGGAAAGUUUCAUCAUGCUCCUAAGUAGCAAAUUGCAUACAGAUUUGUAAAUGAGCAUGCAUGUUUAUUCGAAUAUUGCAUACCUGUUCGGUAGCUGAUUACAUUUUGAUUGUGGUGAAACUGUUAGCAUGGUUUCUCUCCCAAGCCAUCAGCAGUGUAUUGGGCACAGCAACAACCAAAAGACCAUCAAAUGAAUUGGCUGUCAUGCAACCUGUUCUGGUGCUAGUUUUUCUGAUUGUGUUCCUUCUGACCUAUGUCAAUCCUUUUCUUAGCAAACAAUUGAGUGAAAUACAGUGAAAUGAGUACACAUUGGGAAUCUAUGUUCAAUUCCUGUGCCACAACUUAUUAUGCUCUGCCUUUAAUUGUAUUUGCUUUCUGUUUGAUCAGAAAUGAUGGAGCCUCAUCAGUACUCUUUGGGCUUAUAGUUCUAAAAGUAGGUUUACCAAGAGUGCCAUUUGUCACUAACAACAUUUAUGUUAUGACUGAAAUAGGUAAAGUCGACAGUCAGAUUUGUAUCUUGACGAAUCAAAAAAAAACAUAGGGUGUUAAUUUGGUUGCAGCAGCCUAAAGUUUGGGUGAUAUUCACUAUUUUGAAUGGUGCUAAUUUUUUAAAAAUGAUACCUAUUUGCUUGUAAAAGAAAAAGUAACUCUUGUAGCUGUCAUAUUGUUGACAGCUGUGAGAAUAUAAGCAAUAAAUACAGGGGUGGACUGUUCAGCUCUUUGAGUCCAGUCUGCCAUUCAUUGAGAUCAUGGAUGAUUGUCUAUUUUAACACUGUUUUCCCGCAUUCUCAACAUAUCCCUUGAUAUUUACAAUAUAUAAAAAUCUAUCACUGUCAGUCUUGGGCCAUUCUCAAUGACUGAUUCUCUGAAGGCCUUUGGACAGAGAAUUCCAUGCGUUCACCACCCUCUGAGUAAUGAAAUUCAUUUAGUCACACCCUAAAUGCUCUUAUUCAGAGACUGUGACCCUGUGUUUUUGACCCACCAGUUUGGGCAACACCUGUCCUGUAAGAAUUGUGUAUGUUUGAAUAAGACCACCUCUCAUUCAGCUAAACUUCGAAAUACAGGCUAAUCUGUUUAGCUUGCUUCAGUGAAUAUUUAGAUUGUUAGAACUGAAUUGUCAGUCAUAAUAUGAUACUUGUAAAACUGCAUUGUAACUUUUCAUUAUUUUU